AUGGAUGACAACUUCGUAAGCGAAAAAGAUGAACAGUUGCUGAAAUUGCUACUGAAAAAUAGACCAAUGUUCAGCGAAGAAUUGAUUGAUUACUACCUUUCGUAUAGUGGGUGCAGCGUUACGGAAAAAUCUUCACUAAGAUUAAUUUCCCUGAUUUUACAUAAAUCGUUAGACAAUUUAGUAGACCAGUCCACAGUUUUGGUUCCCCAACAAACAUCCACUGAUAAAGAUAAGCAUAAGGAUAAAGAAAAAAAAAGCGAAUUUACGAAGGAGCUGAGCUGUAAAAAACUCAUAAAGACAUUAGAUGAAUUUGAAAAAAAUUAUGAAAGUGAAGAAAUCAUCAAAAAAUUCAACCUAUUUAAGCAAUAG